AUGCAGGCUUUAAGCGUGUUCAAGUCCCUGCACAGGACAAGGAUGGCUGUGUUCAGGGAUGAUGACAGGGCCCUGACAGCUGCAAGGUUUAAGAUCAACGAGGAGUUCAGAAAAAAUAAAAAUGAAACGUCGGAAGAAAACAUCCAAAAGAUGAUUAAAAUGGGCACCGAUGUGGAAGCUGUUCUUCGGCAAGCUGUACUGCAAGUGGAGCAUGUUGGAGAGGAGAAACUCUUGCUUCGACCCAGAGAGAGCCUCAUGCUGGAAAAUGUGCCCUAUUGUGACGAACCCAGGAAAAAGUCAUGA